AUGAUUAAAAACGAGAUGGAGAAUGGCGGCGGCGACGCCAACAAUGUGUCACCGACCAAACUCAUGGUCAAUUACAUACCCGAGCUGAUGACGCGUGAUAUGAUGUACGCACUCUUCUCCGCCAUGGGCAAGAUAGAGAGCUGUAAAUUAAUAGCCAACCGAGGUUACGGCUUCGUCGAGUACGAGAAACAUGAGGAUGCUGAAAAGGCGCGGGCGGCAUUCAACGGCCUCCUCAUGCAAGGAAAAACCCUGAAAGUGUCAUUCGCAUUACUGAACCCCGAAAAUAAGGUCAGCCACAAACCUGACACGGAAUCUAACCUUUACAUUAGCAAUCUACCUCCAGACAUGACGUUAGAGCGUCUUAAUAGUUUAUUCAGUCAGUUCGGUGUAAUAACGAACAGUCGGGUCUCGCAAGGCAUCGGGUUCGUGUGUUACGAGACGAGGCCGCAGGCUGAGGAGGCAAUCAAACAUAUGAACGGACAGUCGCCGAUCCCGGCUGCAGGCGCCAUAGUGGUCAAAUUCGCGAACAAACCAAAUGCUAACAAGAACGCGCCGCGGCCGACGCCCCGUGUCGCAGUGGGCGCUGCGCCGCUUGCCUACAACGGCGCCACAGCAGUUUUCAACGGCACUGCGCCCGCCGCCUUUAACGGCACCAACUUGAGCGCAGCAUUCGGAGCGCGGCCAGCUGCCUUCGCCCCCGGGUUCCCGCAAGCCUCGCCUCCGCCACUGCUGCCUUCGCCUGGUAAGGCGUUGCCGUUCAUUAACAAGGGGCAGCAACGCUUUAACCCCAUGGCAGCCACCAACCACACGCCGUUGCCGCUACUGGGGGCGCCGGCCAGCCCCGUGCCGCUGCUGGGCGCGGCGCCCACUCCGCAUCAGACCACAGUGUAUGUAUACAACAUUGGUGAGGACACUGAGGAGCUGGCUCUAUGGCAACUCUUUGGUCCUUAUGGUGCAAUUGAUUCCAUAAAAGUGAUCAAAGAUCCUGAAACAAAGAAAAACAAAGGUUUUGCAUUUGUGAAUAUGCGUGAGUAUGACGAGGCCGCUAUGGCCAUACAAGCGCUCAAUGGAUAUACGCUCAACGGACAGGUUCUAUCGGUUAGCUUUAAGACUCAGAAGAGAAAUAAUUAA